AUGAUUGCUGUCACUGGUACAGCCCUGACUGGCCCGCUUUGUCUGUGUCCUCAUACCUCCCUACAGGGUAUAUACACCCGGAGAAAUUUUUGCUGGGUGAGCCCCAGUUAUAGACGUGCAUGAAUAAUAUGUUAUGAUUGAUACCGAAGUGUCCUUAUCACACCUGUCUCUGUUACUGGCCUAUUCUUCCCCUUAGGUUACGCUUGCUAUAGCUAUGGAUACAACAAACCAGGAACAAAACCUGCAAGCUCUCAGUCAAGAAAGCCCUGGCUCGGGUACUGCCCUCAGAGCGCAAAGAGAGACUCCAACCCGAACCUCUUCACCCAGCAGAGGAUUCAGACUCCUCUAGGGAUGAGCAAGCCAGACCUCACAAAUGGUACUGGAAAGGAGACGGCCCUGAACUCCUCAACCGUAAAGGGAAAGCACCCCAGAUGUACGGACGCAAAGGAGAAACUGUCCAUCAUACCUUAUAAGAAGAAGACUCCUUUCCUCUUCCUCCUUUAUCGGUCGUGGACGAAUGGCAAGCAGACCAUUCAGCCUCUGAUGACAAGCCCGACUGGCCAGAUGCUGCCUUAG